GAUGGCAGCUAAGCUUUUGUACACACUCAUGAGCCGCAAAUAAAACAUGUCAUUCAGAUUUGGGGUUUGAUGUAGCGUAAAGGCCAGCUGUUUGGCGCCUAAAUGGUGAUAUCCCCGGUGGAGGAAUGGCGUGUGGUGCCGUGUUGCUUCAGUUAUAGUAGGAAAGACUGAGCACGGGGAUUUCCUCGCCUGCUUGUUUUGUAGGCGGGGAGUUGUUUGCCACUUUCACAAGCAGGGCGCUGAGAGGUUGGAGACAAGAGUCGAGGAAUGUCAAAACUGUGUAACUAGGCUGCUUUUGUGAGAAACAGUUUGCCAAGGCGUCGCGUGUGCCUCUGUAUCACAUCACAGCGCUUCUUGCUGGUUUGUCAACUCAUGCGCUUCUUGCUGUUCAAACCUGCUGCUUCAUCACCUCGUUGUGGAGAGGAGCAAGAGCGAGCCGAGGCAGCGGUUUAGCGAGAUCAGACCAACCAGCAGUACAGGUGGACGCGGCUCUCGUGGCAUGACUACCACAAACAAGGGAAACAAGGCCUUGAAGGUGAAGCGGGAGCCAGGGGAAAAUGGCACCAGCCUGACAGAUGACGAGCUGGUGACCAUGUCAGUGCGAGAGCUGAACCAGCAUCUACGAGGCCUGACAAAGGAGGAAAUCCUUCAGCUGAAGCAGCGGCGGCGUACCCUGAAAAACCGCGGCUACGCUGCCAGCUGCCGGGUGAAGCGUGUCACCCAGAAAGAGGAGCUGGAGAAGCAAAAGGCUCAGCUGCAGCAGGAAGUGGACAAGCUGGCCACAGAGAACGCCAGCAUGAAGGUGGAGCUGGACGCUCUGCGUUCAAAGUAUGAGGCCCUCCAGAGCUUUGCUAGGACUGUGGCCCGCAACCCCGUCGCCUCAGCCAGGGGACCCAUGGCCUCUGUCAUAGGGCCCCUCAUCCCUGGUAAAGUAGCUGCCACCAGCGUCAUCACCAUCGUCAAAUCCAAAACGGAGGCUAGGUCGUAGUAGCAGAAAGGGCGGGAGGAAGAUAUUCAAGACUAAACUAGUCAGUGCAUCGUAACAUGCUGCAAGAUUACCUGUGUAAGUUCUCUGUUUUAACCCUUGGCACUAACACUAAAAAUAUGCUUCCCAAAUUCACUCUUAAAGUAUGACUCAGCAGUGGUUGUCUAAGAAUGACGAGGUAUUGAAAAUACUGAAACGUUUUAUUUAAAAAGCAGACUGUGGUUACAAAUACUCAUGAAGGGAAUGCUGGGUAGAAAAAGUACAAAAAUUGAAUCAAAUUCAGACUGUUAAUAGCUUGUUGAUUUUUGAUGAGGUACUGUGUGUGAUGUGUUUGUUUCCUUGAGGCUGAGCUCUAAAGAUCUUUCCGUCCUAAAAAUUGGCAUUUAUAGAGUCUCACAAACAGUAAAAUAAUAUGUUGUAGACAUUAGUCCUUGCCCCUGAAGCCCUUUGCCUGUUAUUAUGCACUGACUUAAAUUUGGAUGAAUAACAAAUGGUCACAAACUCUUGGUGUGGAUGCUACAGAUGUCUUCAUAACAGCCUGACUAACCCAAAACUAGUAAAUUAGUCAAAUUUGUGAUUUUGUUGGUCGUCUGUCAAGAACAAGCGUGAAAUAAUGCUCCCAAAUCUAGCAUUCAUUUCUGUUUAUCUGCGACAGGCUUUAAUGAACUUGUCAUUAUCAAUAUGACUGGUAGAUGCAAUAAUAUAUGUAUGCACUGAAAAUACAAAGAGGUCUUGCAUAUUUAUGGUUAAGUGGAAACGUUAAAAAUGAUCAGCAGUUCUUAAUGAUAUUGUUCCAGAACUGAGUGCCAUUCCAAUAUGACAAGAUUCUUCUACAAUAUCUGAAUACCUGAAUGUUAUAACAGUAAUAUCCUCGUGUUUUGUGGGGACGGUGAAAUCCACAGACAUUUUGAAACAUAAUUUUUGCUCAUAGAGAAAAUACGUUCAAGUUGUUUUGUUUGAAAGAUAUAUAUUGCAUUUUUUGUAAUUACUUGUUGACAGGGCCGUCAGAUAUUUCCAAAAGAAAAAUCUUUACACAAGCUUUACUGUUUGAAUUGUUAAGGUGUAGAAAACUUUGUCUAAUGUUGAGUUCUUGGUUUUUAUUACUAGGUAGAUUACCUUCCAUUGUUUAUAGAAAUACAGAUAACGAAAACGUAAAAAAAAAAAUCCUGUGACAUCUUUUUGCAAUUGUACCGAAAGUGGCUUACUAUUGAAGUCUGAUAGCUUUUUUCUAGUGACUAGGCGCGUACUGUGGGGUAGCGCGUGACGUGAUGUGUAAGUGACAAGUUGGCAGUGUCGUUCACUGUAUAGAUGUCAAUGCUGUGCUAUUUAAAACAAAUCUGUAGAGCUAAACUAGGUGGUGUAAACAAGGUCAAUUGUCUUUGUGCGUAUUGGCAUCUGUGAUAUCCUCCGCUUCCUCGGUGUUAGUUACAAAUCAUAUUGUCAUCAAGAGUUUACCACAUUGAGCCAUGUAAGACAGAAUUGGGUGGAAUCGCAUUAGUGACUUUUACCUGAAGCUUAAAGUGAUACUGUCAUUGCAGAAUCUGAAUAAUGUUUCCACUUGGUGCUGGAUGCCCUCUAAAUACAUCCUCUGUAACCUGGUAGUAAACGACUUCAUUGUUGGGACGAUUUCAUCAUUGUAUCCAUUCCAGCCACUGAAUUUAUUUGAAAUAGAUUGCAGGAAUAGAAAUGAAAAACCCUUCAAAUUUGACAGACUAAAUGAAAUGUGAAGUGAAACGUCCAGUGUGUAGGAUUUAGGGGGAUAAAAUGAAUAUGUUAAGUUUUUUUUUUUUUUUUUUUAGUGUAUAAUCACUUUAAAUAAGAGUUGUUGCGCUUUUGUUACCUUAAAAUAAGCUGUUCAUAUCUAAAUAGGGAGAUGUUGCAUCAACACGUUUCUACAGUUGCCCAGACCAGACAAACCAUUGGCUCUAGCUGGGGCUGUUCGUGCUUUCGCGUUGGCCACCAUAGUUAGGGGCCCCUCUGUGACACGUUGUUUGGAAAAACACACAUUUUUUAACAUGAAAUUGCUUCCCAGCUGGCACCAGAUGUCAUGUGAUGUUAGAAAGACGUUGGACUCUUUUAUCAGACAAAUGUAAAAUUUUGGUUGGAAUGAAAAUCGAGUUGACGAUUUCAAAUGUCUAACGUUAGAAUUUCACUUUGUGUGGACGUUAACAUUAUUAUGUUAUUCUACAUUAAGUCGCCAUCAGCGUGAGACAUUUGGAAGAUGCUGGAUUUUGGUUAUUUAACAAAACUUACUACCAACAAAAUAUUAGCAUCAUCUGUUGUCAGUAAUCUAUGUGAAAUUUAGGGAUGCACGAUAAUAUCGGCACAUUAUCUAUCGGCCGAUAUUGGCUUUAAAAUGAAACAUUGGAAUUGUCCAACAUGCAGAUUUUUGCCAAUAUGACAAACCUAUAUAUUUUUUUAAUUGACAGUUAAAUGAUACAGCACAGGUAGCAAAACAACAUAUCUGAAAUAUAUACAAGUAUGUAAGUAGGAACGAAGCAGAAAAGGUAUCUCACGUGCUUGUAAAUGACAAUGAAAGGGCCAUUAACCAAAGACAACAUGUCUUAAAUGUUUAUGAUUCAGUUACUAACUUUUUGGUGCAAAAGCACUUACAAUAUAGUAUGAAAUGCUGAUACCCAGUGUGAAGAUAAUGUUCACAAUCACCAUAAAUUAACCAUUAACCCAAUACGUUUGUCAUUUGAGUCUAUUAACAAACUGUUAGGAAUAAAACAUACUGAACAAUGAAACAAUUGGGCCCACAGAUGUGUUACUGUUACAGUCUGUGAAAGUCUAUGUAGUAGUUGAGCUCAGAGGAGUGAAUCCGUGUGUUCAGAGUUCAGUAACUUACGACACUGCACUGUCCUGUCUAAGGUAAAUCUAGGAAGCUGCCUAACAAGGUCCUUCGCAGAAAAAAACACUUUAAAAUCUGAAGACUGAUGCCAAAAAAACUACGAUGUUAAAGGAUGAGACCUGCAGUGCUGUGUUCUGAUGUGGCGUUAUCCUCUCUUGAUCCAACAAACAAUGUAAACUCAACUGGUAAGCUAGCUAACGGUUAGCAAGAUAAAGUCCACACUAGUUGGAGGCUGCCAAAGCAGCUAGCUAGAUGCUAGUGGGCUAAACCAUCCACACAAUUCUUCCGGCAUGGCACUUUGUCAAAAGUUUUUUUUUACAGUCAUUCCAAGACACUGAGCAAAAGCCCCACAAUCAGCAUGCUCCUGUGCUUACAGUCAGCUCUUUUCGGCUCACUAUUUAGUACAUGCUACCGUCUCUACCACUACCGACAGCUUAACAAGCAAAUUAACACCCAUUCAGCUUGAACUCCACUAAAUAAACUCUGCUUUACAAAUUUCUUUAACCACCACCAAGGAAAACAAAAGACUGUGAAGUCUUAUUUUUCUUAUGGCUUUUCAAAUUUUAAAGGGAACGUUCUUUAUAAAUACAUAUAAAUCAGACAGUAAAAAAAUAGCACUAUACAAUGUAAACACAAGUAGGCUACAUGCUACAGGCCUACAAAAAUGAAAAGACAUGUAAAAAUAAAGAAACUGGGUGCAAGCAUACAGAUAAAGAGGUAUAUUCAGUCAUAGAUUCGGAAAAGAAAGAUGCAUAAUUUUCCAUUAUAUAUAGAUAUAUUGAUACCAGUAACGGUUAUCAGCCAAAUGAGAUUGCGUAUUGCAUAUCAGAUAUCAGCAGUGAAAUUAGGAUGGGUUUACAAAAUCCAACCAAAUAUUAACGUCUAAUGAUGUUUGAGGCCAGCUGGGUGUACUCAGUGUUUUUACCAGUUUAAAACGCCACGUUUGUUUGUUCUGGAGACGAACAGACCUCUGUGGAUAAUUUGACCCCCCGUUAAAAUCUCCUGAACAUCUGUAUCUUAAAUUUUCAGACAGAGACACAUUAGCAGGUGCUGGGCUAGCGUUCCUUUUGCAACAAGCCGAACAGCAUCAGAGAAACACUGAUUUUUUUUAUCGUGCUUUUUUUCAGUGUUUUUACCUGUUUUAAUCCUCUGGUCCGUUUGUUUUGGAGAGGAAGAGACAUUCGCUGAUAAUUCGGGUCCCUGUAAAAACCUCAUGAACAAUGAACACCGAAGGAAUUCUAACCAGGAGGAGUUUCAGCUGUUUACAAUCUGCAUCCUCACAGCUAGAUCCCCCUAAAUCUUACACACUGCUCCUUUAAUACUGUUUUUUUUCCCCUCUGAAUGUUGAGAAACUUCCUCAAUACUCUCACUAAGAUUGCAUCAAUGAACUGAACGGGUAACAGGCCAAAUGGUGCAGCAUCACUCGUGUAAAUUUCCCCACUGGACUUCAGAUUGUCAGAUUAAAAGCGGUAGGGUUUGGCUGAGGGUUUGUAUGCACUAAGCUCCUGCUUGUUUUGCUCAGGACAAAACAGGUCACUCUAAAAAUGAACAAACCAUUCUAGAUGAGAAGCAGGGGAUGGCAGCUCUAUUCAAUUUUUGUUUUCCUUUUUUUUUUUUUUUUAUAAUAAUAAGCAUGUCAUAAAGGGCUUCAAUCCACACUCAGAAAGAGACACAGCAAGACCACGUAGAAUUACAAUCAACAACUGCUGCCAGCAGCCGCUCCUUCUGUGCCAAGUGUCACAUCACUCUCCUGGUCCUCUAAAACAAAACAAAAAAAACCAAGGAAUUUAACAGUGGAGCGGUUUUACACCUCAAGGUGAACGUAGUUGUGUAAUGACGUUAACCGAAUGCACUUCAUCCGGAUCUCACUCUCCUGCUGGUCAGAAUGUCUUAUAGUGUCGGCGAGGUGUUAAUCUGCGGUCACUCUCAAAGCUACGCCUCAGCAAAAACUCCUGGGUGCUGGUUAUACCGUCUGUGUGCAAGUAUCCUAUCCUCAACAUGCUUAGCUAUCUACAUUGACUGGUUAACUGUGGGAAAAUAUAUAUCUGACUCUUGACAUAGCCCAGUAUUGAUGUUGGCGUCCUUAUUGCUGUGGCAGUCUUGUGGAGUGAAUCUUUUUUCGUGUCAAGUGUCUUUCAAGGUGUUCGAGCGGCACCGCCGACCAAUCUCUCGAUCUCCGCCAAGAGAUGACGACUCUCUCUUUCUCACACAUACAGGUGUAUAGUAUGUAGCUACAGUAGGUAUUAAUGACCAUUGUGAAAAAGUGACCCUUAAUAUGCAACUCAGUGGAAAGGUGUGAAAGAGUAGAUGUAAGAGUAAUCAAUAUUGUCAAAGUGACUAUGGUCUGUUAUUUAAUAAUUCUUGCUGUUUUGUAGGUUUUUUUUGUAAAGAUGUGUUUUUUAUUUCGCCCUCAGAUUUUGAAUCCCUCAAAGGAAGCGCAAUUGGCCCUUGUUUAUCGUAGCUAAAGCUGUAGUAGUGUACAGUGCUUCAAAGGAAUCAUGGGACAGUUGCACUCAAGCCUUACUCACUAAUUACUCUGGUCUCAAAUUGGCUGAUUCACCCGGAACCAUACAUUGGACUUGGAUAUCUGACUGAAAGAUAAUGCUAUUCUGUAAACGUCUGUGCACUGAGUGAAAUGGAUGCUACAGUAGAUUCUGUCACAAGGGCCACUUGCAAUAUUUUACUUUCUUCGGUGUGCGUGCGAGCGCGUGCGUGUGUUUUUUGUACGUUUGAGGUUCCUCUGCUGCUACACCAGUCAUUAAUGCUCGUCGUUUGCUGUAGCAUCAUCCACGGCGUUUUCUGUUCUCAUUACGUGUCGAGUGUGUAUUUGAAAUUGAUCUUAACACUGUAAUUUGUUCUGCAGAUUUCUAUUUUAAUUGGUUAUGGCUUUUGUUUUCUUCUUAUUUUGUUUUUACAGGCAACAUGUUAGAGAGGAUAAAUAACAGCACUUGUGUGGCAGUUGAAUUUAAUAGCUCUCAAGACAUUGGCUUUUUUUUUUCCCAUGAAAUUAUGCUUUGAAAACAGUUGACUGUGCAGGUUUCUUCCUCUUACUCUAUGGAGUGGGUCUGUGUUUCAAAAGUAUAAAAAUCUGACUAAAGCGAGUAAUACAAAGUUAAUUAUCUGUUUUUGUUAUUUUUCUGUAUGGGUUGUAAUAAAAUAUUGCAGUACUUUGUAUGAAAACAGACAAUAGUUAAUUGUAACUAUUUAUAAAUUAAAUUAUUGUACUUUUUGCAAUCUGUAGAUAAGUACUAUGUAUUCAUAUAUACAGUAACAACUGUGGAUUUAAACGUGAUUCUCUGAGGUGUCUAAGUUAUUGAUGUAUAUAUUGUAUGUUUGUUGAUACAGCUUACUUUAUUUUCUAUAAGACCAAUAAAAUGUUUUGAAAAAGGA